AAAUUGCAUGAAAGUGCGAUAAAUGUACACAUGGAUAGAUGGUGUUUUGUAGUUUGUCAGUGGUAUUAAAAUUUAUUUACAAAUUUCGUAAACACAGUUUUGGUUCUACAAAAAUGGGUACAGAAAUCAAAUCAGUUCCAAGCGAUGAUCCGAAUAACUACUGUCGGCUAUGCUUCGCCGAUCGCAAUUUGGUGACACUGCAUAGAUCCAACGAAUCACCUCGGCAAUAUCUGUUGAAUGAAAUAUUUAUCUGUACCGGCAUUGAGAUCGAAGCGUCCGAGACUCGACCGUGCUCCAUUUGUUGGAGAUGCGCCGUGGCGGUUGAAGAUUUUCAAUUGUUUCGCAAAAGGUGUUUGGCGAACGAUGCCAUAGUUCGUAGCAAGUACUCAAGGACGACCGUUCGUCAGAAUAAGGAUGAGUGGUUCGUAUCAAUACCAGCAUCGGAACGUCCGCUUGAUUCGAAUGAUGGUGAAAGCGAAAUCAAGUCUGAGUCAGAAUCGAUGAUUCCGCAAGUGGAAUCAGGUAGUAGUUGUGAUAAAUACUCCAGUAGAGAAGAGGGGGAUGAAUUAUCCACAGAAGAUACACAAUCCACGAAGUUUGCUCCACCCACGUGUCAUUUAUGUAGCCAACUAUUCACUUCACGACAGACAUUAUACGUUCAUGUCAGAGAGCAGCAUUCCGGCGAUCGUCGACUACAUAAGUGCGGAGUAUGUCAGGCAACAUUCAAGCGGAAGGGUCAUUUGGAGGAUCAUAUGUCUUCCCAUACUGGGGAGUGUAGAUAUUCUUGUAAGCACUGCGAAGCAAAAUUUACUAGACCAAAAACACUCAUGCGUCAUCGCAAAUCCUGCAGCAAGGAACAUCCUCUGAAUACGCAACCAUUGAAACGCCAAUCACCGCUUACGGAAGGUCAGUUCCAGUGCGAAUUUUGCCCAAAAUCAUUCAAACACAGACCGUCGUUGAACUUCCACAUCAAGAGCCACUACGAAUUGUUGCCGUACGGGUGUGAAUUGUGUGAUGCGCGGUUUGUCAAUGACAAGGGGCUGCUUAUACACAGGGGAAAGUACCAUGCGAAUGUGCCAAAUGAAGGAACACCCGCCAGAAAAACGUCACCUGCUCCAAUGCAGCCAAAAACAGGUGUUCAAUGCGCAUAUUGCCCUCGGCGCUUCAAGGAACAACGUUAUUUAACACAGCAUAUUAAAUUCAUACACACCGCGAGAGGCGAUGAUGUAGAUGAUCAGGAAAAAGGCGAUUCUGCAAUGGCAGAGGGGUAUGCUUCGGAGCAAGACCAAGAUGAUGACAAUAUGGAAGCUGUAACGAUUAAGUUUGAAGUUGAGGAAAAUGAUUCGAAUUUUGAAGAAAUCAUGUAUUAAUUUUAUUGUUAUUAUAUGUUGAACUUUUAGCAUGUAAAUUUUCUUUGGAAUAAAAAUGUACAAAACAAA